AUGAGCACAUACAAGCGUUUCCCUCAAGCAAGCUCCCACUACAACCAGGCAAAUUCCAAAGCCAUCACUGCCCUCCGGGAGAUGCAAACCGCCAUGAGAGAAAUGAGCGCCGAACACGUCAACUUCCACAAAUAUUUCGACGGCGUACAAAUACAGCUCCAGGAAAUGAAGAAGGCCUACGGCAGUAAAGAGCUAGACCCUGAAGUCAUUCGAUCCACAGCUCUUGACAAGUUUCUCUCGGAGGGGAACCUUCCCAAAGUCACGGCCCUUGGACACUUCGCGGUGGAGAAUGCUUUGAAAAACUUUCAGCUGCAGAAGAAGAUGUUGGACGAGAUUCGUAAGCAGACGGGGGAGUUGGUGGAAUCGCUGCUGGGGGAUUAG